ACAGAGUCCUGGAAGAGCUCAAAUGGAAAAAGUCUACAGUGCAUGGAGUUGAUGUGACUCUGGAUCCAGACACGGCUCAUCCCAACCUCCUUCUUCACGAUGACUUAAAAUCUGUUCAUCUGGAAGAUUCAUGUCAGACAUGGCCUGAGAACUCAGAGAGAUUUGAUUCCUGGCCCUGUGUGUUGGGCCGUGAGGCCUUUGUCUCAGGGAGACAUUAUUGGGAAGUAGAGGUUGGAGACAGAAUUGACUGGGUGGUUGGCGUGUGCAGCGAGAAUGUGAAGAGGAAAGGAUUUGAUCCCAUAAUUCCUAAGAAUGGAUUCUGGGCUUUGGAGUUGUACAAAAAUCAGUACUGGGCCAUCAACCCUCACCGGACCCCUCUUCUAAUGUCAAAUCCCAUCCACCGGGUUGGCAUUUUCCUAGACUAUGAUUCAAGAAAUGUCUACUUCUACAACAUGACUAAUGGAUCUCAUAUCUAUACAUUCUCCAAAACAUCAUUCUCUGGUCCUCUCCGGCCCCUCUUUUGCCUUUGGUCCUCUGGUGACAAGCCCCUGACCAUCUGCCCACUUGCUGAUGGGCCUGAGGUGGUCACAGUCAUGGACAGUGCCCAGGAC